CUUUGAUGAAUCUCUGCUAAUGCGACAGAUGUUAUUUUGGAAGUGUCAUUUUGGUGAUGCUGAAGACCGAGAUUUGGUUAAAAGGAUCACUUACUUCGUAAAUUGAAAUUCCUUUCAGCAUCAUGUGACACUCUACCCGGAUCCCAUUGGGUGAAGGGACUAGUGCACGACGUUCGAAUAUCAUUACAGACGAGAGGACGGCUCGCUGGGGAUAGCGAUUUGCAGAAUAUUGUUGAACUUCAGAAGCCAGCAGCCGUGGACACAUCGAUCUGUAGUACUGGUUGAUCAAGUCGCUACCAGCGAUUGGCAAGCACGGGCCUUUUCACUGUCUACAACUACUGUGUACACUAAACUUUUUGCUUGUUGUAUCUUCGGCGCAGAUAGCAUCGUAGAGAUACGCACUACGAGCUGCUUCUCGUUUUGCGGCCGGCAUUUUUUUUUGAUUCGUCGUAGCAAGUCCCCUUUUACGAUAAAGCGCUCAGACCGUCCAUGCUUCGAUAAACUGCGACUAAACUGCUAGUCCUGCAGACCAUCUCGGACUAGUUCGCAGCUCCACGUGUAAAUCCCUGCCCAACUACUUCGGCAACGCGUCUACUUGUAGUUCCAGGAGAGGACCUCCUUACUCCUACAGCCACCACGCAACCGCAAAAUGCGUAUCUACAUCCAGCACGUCGACGGCUACAUAGGUCGUGCGUUGGUCCGUGAGUUGCGCAAAAAUGGACCUAUCUGGAACCGUCUUUUUGGUUCGUUCCUCGACGCAAAACACAGCACAAAACCGAAUGGCGUCCGUCGUGUUGUUCAGGUGACGGAUAAGCGGUUUGUGGAAUUAAGGCCGUUCUCUGUGGCAAAGAAAUAGGUAGUAAGUACACCUCAUCUACUAGUACUAUAACUAUUUGACUUCAAUAAUUUCUUCAACUUCAUAUUCUUAUUCUUGAGAGACAAGAAUAGAAAAAGAGAUUAAUAACUUUGAUCGUGACCGUAUGUUUCAGCUAAACCAAAGAUCACUAGCACUAGAGCUUUCAUCAUAUGCUCAUGUUGAUUCGAAUGUUAAAAUUUUCGUUUGAUGUUGAUAACAAGUACCUCCUAGGUGAAAAUUAUCAUGUUGUGCUUUCUAAUGCAGACAGUUCUUAGCUGCAAACUCAUAGUAUUGCAUCUGCGAGAAGAAGGGAACGACGAAGUCGAACAAAUUUUGCAACUCCUGAAAACUGCAACACUGGAGGAACCAAUAUCGUACUUAGUAACCAAAACAACAACUACUACCUAGACUGAGUUGUAAUGAAAAUGUACCUCUACCUCUGCUACUUAGAGUUAAACUACUAGGCUGUAAGAAAGAAGUUCUUGUUGUUUCACCUUCAAUUACUCUUUCUAGAGCGGGAUAAUAGACUACUUAAAUACAACUCACUUCUCCUAGAUGAAGCUGUAUAUGUAUACUCGCUCACCGGACGAAUUUUUCUGCUCCCUCAGACUCGUCCUAGUAUCAAGCAUAUUCGUAUGGAACGCAGGACACGAUAUCCGAGGCAGCGACGCUGCAGAACGCCAGCCACUGACAGCGGCGUACUACUUCUGCUGAUCGUUAUCUAUUUACGUUGCAGUUUGACCCGACUACAUACAGCAAUAAAUGAUCCGUAACAUAAUAAAGUUGUAGACGAAUCGUUCUUGUCUCUCCUGCUCCAGGAUGAAAGCGUACAAGGAAUACGAGGAGCGGGUGUUAGCUUUUAACGCUGACGAAGCAUCACAGAUAAAAGGACAUGUUCUUGCAUGCGGUGCCCUCUACGGGGGCGGAGAAUGCUCGCACUUCGAAAAUAUUUUCAAGGAUGCAUGGCUUGGGAAAACAGUACCACUGAUGACUUUAUUGACUUCGGCAGCGUUCUUGUUAAUGUUUUCGUUGCUAAGUUCCAGACGCGCGAUACUCAAAUUUCCUAAAACUGAUUCUAGAAGAACAAGUAGGAUAGCAGUGCAUACUGCUGGAGAAAAUUCUUGGCAGUUCAAAAUGGCGCUCGUCAGAAAAUGUAAAACUUUCAUUCUUUCAAAACUUUUACAACCUACAAAUUUCACGCAUCCUUUGCACAUCAGCAGCCCUCACUUUACUAGGUCGAGCUGCCCUCUCUGCUGAGGCGGACGCAUAGCGUGCCGACAGUCAACGUGUUUGAUCUGGGGAGAUUAGUCCACAAGCUUAUUUUUUCCACCGAAGCUGCGAAGGGGGAACACGCUUACCUGAUAUGUGCAGAUACGGCUCGAAACACAUUAAACGAGCUCUGGCAGGCUAUCGUGAAUGAGGUUCUAAGUUAGUACAACUUCGGCCAUUUGUUCUAGUAGUACUUCGGAGGGAUUUGCAGAAUGAAUGCUGUGGUCUGCUACCACUUCUGUGGUUGACGUCGCAACUAGAUCUACUCGACCAUGGUUGUUCGAAGUGACAUAUUAAAAGGAAUUGAAAAGGUCAAGGUGAUUUUUUGAUCGAAAUACGUCUGGACUCGUAGUCGUAAUGUCUCUGUCUUCCUGUGUCACAUUUUUCAGCUUUUUGAAUAUUGACCUACUUUCUCCCAGAUGACGGAGGGUUAUACAUUGAAAGUAGAGCCUUCCGAGGAGGACGAGGAAACGAGCAUGGUCGGAAUGUCCGAUCUCACCUGCGUGCCAUCGGAAUUGAUGACAGCGGAUGACUUCCCAUGGAUAGCGCCAGGAGGUCUCACGGUCCCUGCAAACGCCACCCAAGCCGGAAUACAAUACGCAAAAAACAACAACCUGCAGCCCGUGAAACUCCUCCUAGUGAGGCCUGAGCCAAAGCCAACAGGUAGCACUCGUAUUCAUUUUGAUGAGGAAAAUCUAAAUCAAUUAAUUAUUUCUUCAAAUAGUUAUGUAUCUCAUUCAUCAACAACAUCGACAUGGUUAACAUCCGCAAUGCUACGUACUUGUCUGCAUCGCGAAGCUCACCAUAGCUCGCUGUAAUACCACUGUCGGGAAGUAUCUCUGUGAAUAGUGAAGGACUCCAUUAUACUCUGGCAUGAUGUAUUGUAAAUACAUGUUUGCCAGAAUCGAUGCUGCUCUGAUGUUGAUGCUGAGCAAAAAAAUGAUAACAACCAGAUCCGACCGACAAAGCUGCGGAGACCGAGCGAAAGGCUUACGAAGCAGCGUGCGCUAGGUACGAGACUUUUCUUUGCGAGGAGUUUGGCUUAGGGAGUAUAGCUUCCUUCUCAGAAGUUAUCUCCACAAACACGACGCGCUAUCGUGGGUAUGUCCUAAAGCUAACGGGUGAGCUCUCAGCAGCGACUUGCCGGGAGAAUCUUUUGGAAGAGGUACUUGCUUAUAAGUAAAUAAAUGCGCUUGGUCAUACUUAGUAUGAGUACUGAUCAUGAUCCUCCUCGCAGUUAGACAUCUCUUGUCUGACAAACUUUCUCCUGCACGCGUUGUAAAAAAUGUAUAGUUAAUCUGUAGCAUGUAUGCAUAGGACGCACUAUUUAGAAUGGUUCAGUAAGUGACGUCAUAGAAUUCUGCAUACCGUUGGAAGAGUAACGCUAACGUAACUAAGAGAAGGAUUUGAGAAGACUCCGAGUUCCCUGGCAUCUGGACUAUUGUCUCAGGAUAGGAGCAAAGAUGACUAACUUUAAUGGAGAUCUUUCUGAGCUAUCAUGCCAUGAAUUUGACACCAUCUGUGAAAAUCUCCCUCCGUAACGCAUAUUUUCAAUCUCUAUUCUUGGGGACCACCGUUCCUAAGUCUGGAGAUCCCAAGAGUCAGUCCUCUCCAAGAUUGCAGUCCGCAAGGGCGCUCCCGCGUAAGCAGGAGUGUCCUGGCAAAUAAUGACUUUCGUAUCGGUUGAGGUUGGUAACAGAGCAGGCAGAAGAGGGCGCUGGAAUCAGUGGAAGGAUAGCUGGCUCGCUUUUUAUCGUGGACACGCUAGAAGUGCGCCUUUUUAUCGUAGACCCGCUAGAAGUGGCAAGUGCGCCCGUUUAUCGUGGACAGGCUAGAAGUGCGGCACUGGUCAACACAUGGGAGAAUCAAUGGAGGUUGUAGCAUUUCUGUUCCUUGGUUGGAGAAGCGCUACUAAGAAUGCCAGGCAGACUGCAUCUGCAAAACCAACGACGUAGCUUUCACAGGUGCGGCAGAGUAGCGAUCACGGAACGCAGAUGGUCUUUUCACAGCACUGCCUGUCCUCCCAGUUGCGAAUACAGCGCACAUUUUCGGAAUUCUACCCCCGUAACGCUUGUUUUCGGACCCUACUCUCCUCUGCUACCUGUCCGCCUACCCUAGUUGUUGGACCUCCUUCGGGAGUCAUCCGUUAAAAUUGGAACGAUACAGAGAAGAUUAGCAUGGCCCCUGCGCAAGGAUGACACGCAUAAAUCGAGAAGUGUAAACAAUUUUUUUAGUUUUUUUUUCCCAUCCGCUCACAGUAGGCGGCACCGAUGCUGCGCAGUCAACAUACCAACCACCAAGUCACCCACGGGCCAACGAGUCUCUCCUCAUAGAAGGAACUUUUUUCUUCGCUUGCCCGUUCCUCUCGUGACUGCGGACGCUCACGUGAGUCGAUCGAUCGAGAUCAGCACUUUCGGUGCACGACUGAGACUGUUCUGCGCGGCUAAGCCGCCAGAGAAUACUACUAAAGAAUCAGCCACAAGGACCAUCAAAUCGUACUCUCUAGUUUUUGAAACUAUGAUUACAUCAGGUGGAAGUCGAAGAGGUUAUUCCCGCGCCGCCUCUAGAAGAAGGCGAAGAAAGCCCCGGCGGCCAGGAGCAGGAAGUGAGGAUAGUGGUACUAAUGUAAUAUCUUAUUUCCUCUUGAUGUAUGAUGUCACUCAUUGAGAAUGGGGAUAUGGGAAUGUCGUUCCCAAGUAUCGACGCUCUCAAUGAGUGGAAGCAUUCGCUUGCCUUCAUCUAGCAAUUGAAAUUGUUGUCUUGCAGGGAAGAAGUGGUAGAAGUCACUGUCAACAUCUUCAUCUCCUUGCUUUAUUCCAUUCUCCACCAUACAUUCAUGAUCGUAGGUGGUUACCUUCUCGUACCUACUACCUGAAUGUCCUCCUGCUAGUGCUAUCAUGUACCUGUAGUUCAUCACCCUUUCGUUCUCCACCAUUUUGAUGAUCAUGACCUUCAGAAAAAAAUGCUUCCGAAAGAAGGAACGCCUGGACAUGUGGUGGCAUUAGCCUGGCCGAAGGAGGAAAAUUCCUUUGUCGACUUUUUCCGAGACACCGUGGACACGACCCUUCUGUAUUCUUUGCACCGCAAUUCAUCUCUAUUCUGGAUUCUCUUCUUUAUAUCUAUUGAGUUGUGCUUUUCAAGAAUACAUAAAAAAAUGACUAUGAAGACUUAGUAGUACGCGGCUAUAAUAAUGAUUCAUCCAAAGCUAUCACUUCAAGAGAUCAACAAUCUAAAUCGGGAUCGAGAUCGUGAAUGUACUCGAUGAUUAAACUGUAUUUAAUGUUAUGAGUGUAGGAGAUGCAUCCCCAAAGUCAUCUGGACAAAGAAAAUAAGAAGGAAAAGGGAUCCAGAUGAUCUGUGAGAUGCGUUCCCUAUAUCUCUAAAGUUAAUGCUAGCUGGCUGUAGCAGCUUAAAAAGUGGAAAGCGCCUGGGCGUUGACAGGUAUCUGCCUGCCAAACCGGAAGAGGUCGAGAAGCAGAUGGAAUCGUUGCGCAUGUACGUGGACGGAACCAACAAGAGGCCGGACGUUAGGGCUAGAGAUGAUGAUUUGAAUCUAUAGCUCGGUAGAUUUUCUAAUAUGUCCGUGACGAUUUCUCUAUUAAGCGCAUCCCGUUAAAGGAGAGGGGGGACGGGCAGAAUCGCCUACAUUCCUGAAGCGUUACAGAAGGUUAAUAUAAAUAUUUAAUACAACUUUUUAAAAUGGAGAGAAACUCCUAGGCCCAUUGUUUUUGAAGGAUUUCCCUACUUGGUUACCACGUACGGCAACAGAGUUGGGAGAGCCCAUACUCAUCCAUAUGCAUAUGGUAGGGCUUAAGUAGAAGGGAUGCUGAUGUUGAAUCGUGAAAAUAAGCUGCUCCUGCUCUAACGAUGGCAGUAUUGGCAGAGCGCUGAACUUCAAUAUGAAGCCGGAGAGUCAUUAUGGAGGUGGACAGUCAAAGAAAAUUGAAUUAUAAGAUAUAUAUAUAUAACUCAACAUUUCUUGAGUUUUCUCACUCGCUGAUGCAUGAUGAAGACAACUCCAAUCAUAGGAUCAUUUUUUUAUUGCUCUCGCACAGAUCGCAUUAAAAAUAAAUAAGUAGAUUAUAAAUAUGUGUACGUCCUCUUCGAUCAACGUUGACCUUUCUCCUGCUCCAAGCAUCAGGCUAAUUUCAUUGCUUGAUUGAUACCUGCUCCAAUCAACGAAUUUCUUUAACAGAAAAGCCGCAUCGGCAUCUCGAAGCAUCAAAUUUACCUACUAUUUGUAUUUGUAAUAUUAUCCGGGAAAUUUCCACAACGGAAGACCAAAGCCCACUAGCUACAACGAGUCGUCUUUCUAAAACAGAGUAAUUGAGGAGAUGCUACUGAAGCACGAAGAGGCGGCUGCCGAUGCUGAUCACGUGAAUGUGAACGUUGAUGACGACAAUCUAGACGAAGUGCGCAAGAAGGAAAUGACCAAGGCGGAAAAAGCAAGAUUGGAAAGACUGGUACUUCACUUCUCAGAACCACGUUGUGGUUGUUUCUGUUUGACUUUGACAAGCUGCACAAGUAAAAUUUAUUGUUAAAUAAAUAUCUUUGACCCUCGCUCAAUGUUGUAGCUCUAGGCUGAUUAAGUAUCUUUGAUCCUCAGUGUAGUACUCGGUGUUGUACUAGUAAUAGUAGUUCAUGUACUCGUUAGUGUAAUUUUCUUAGAGUUAGAAGAGGUAGAGACGGAACACGAGAACAAGACGGAAAGGGAACACAAGGAUGAAGAAGCAGAAAGAAAUGGAAGAAGAUGAAGAAUGACACACCGUUGUCUUCGUUCUCCCCUUCUGCACAUCUUCUUGGACGAGUAGCGGAGGAUCAAAUUUAUAUUCUCCAAGAAUCGAAUACGACCUAAGCUAAGACCCAUUCUCCUGUUUUCCUCCUGAAAAGUGGAUGACCAUACGACCCGGAAGUAUUUGCCGGCACGCAACCUUCUUUUUCUCAUGUGUGUGGGUGAACAGUAACAGAGUGAACCUACCCUGAAGAGGCUCAUACCGGAAAAAUGAAUCUUUAUUCUCUCCCACUCAUUUUACAAAACAGCAAAAGCUGGCCGCGAAAGAAGCAGAGCUGAAGAAGCCGACGAUAGCUGAGUUUGUCAAAGAUGUCAUUCCGACACUGACCGAGGGGCUAAUAGUUACGGCACGUAUAAUGUGUUCAGCCUGACUACUUGUUAUUUCUUGCUAGUUGUAUGUAUUUAGGAUGAGUAUGUGAGCAGUCGUGAUGAUUAUUAUAUGCAUUUUCGUUUAUUUAUUCCAGCACUUCUUCAUCGAAUCCAUCGUCUACUUAUAGUAUCCAGAACGUUUGAACGGCAAAAUUUACUUCAAAUAGAGGUGCGUAGUCCACCUCCGUAGUUGAAUUCUACACCAAACUGUCGGGAAGCAAAACUUCUGCUUACUAUGCAAAGUAAGACAGCUUUUUUCUCCGGGUGACGCUCAAGUAGUUGUGAUUGUAAAAACAUGUGAGCUGCGACCAGAGUUAAAAACUAGUACAAUUAGUCAACUUGAGAGUGAUGAAUACCAAGAAGAAGAUAGUGAUAAAUCAAAUGACUUGGCGCUAAGUCAACUAAGAACUGCACAAAAACGGCCACCGUUGUCGCCUCCUAGUCCUGGGAGUGCGCCGCUUAGCGACUUCCGUAACUUGCUCUCUCUUGGUUUUUCUGUCUUCUGGUUUCGUUUCAUGUGAUUCCCCGCGCCCCUCCAGAGUCCACCGCGUCAGCCUGCAAGUAUGUGCCUGGGGAUUCUGGAGGGGCGCGGGGAUUUGGAGGGCGCCUGAGGUUCUUGGCUCGCAAUUGGGGGAAGGUUUUCCCGAAGGGAGCGCAGUAGGCGGCGAGUUUUCUGUGGAUUCUUAUCAUGCCCGGACGGAUUGAAUUUUGUCCGGAUUUUUGCCGUCCUUCGCUGAGUUUUCUCCUUUACAUAUCAAGCAAAUACCUGCUCCGUUGUGGUAAAUAUCAAUGCAGUCCCAAGUAAACUAAUAGCCGCUUUUACAGCAGAAGAUGUAUGCUACCAGUGCAUCUAGUUGUCGAAAAAGUCUUCCACAACUUUGUGUCAGCGGGAUGUUGCGUCAUUCACAACUUUCGCUGCCAGGUGGCUACGGAGAGCUCUAAUAUGGCGCUUUGCAAGCUGAAACCAGAGACGCCGGUGGAGUAUCUCGCUGAUUUUCUUGACCGCGGAGCAGAUCGUCUCGAGGAGGGGUCGCAUGCAUGAGUGUCUCGAGGAGGCAUACACUGAUUGUCUCGAGGAGGCACACACUGAUUAUCUCUGACAAUAUUCUGAUGCCACUGAUUGUCUCGAGGAAGGACUAAAUCGAGGUGCUUUGUUCGAGGAAAUGGUGAGGUGCACACUCUGCUCGAGGGGGCUACAGCUAAUUGAUGUCUGGUAUCAUGAUCGUCCUGAAAAGUAUUUCCCUCAUGUGAGUAGUAGAAAUUAUAUGCAUAAGAGUGUGGACUAUGAAGACUGAGGCAGACUUUUGAGCGACUCGUCUACCUAGUUGUCCCUUUUGCUUUUUGUGACAUUUGUUGUUGAUUUAGUACUCCUUCGCCGUAGUCAGGAAUUGGCUAGCUUCGGGUAGUCUGACACUGCAUAAACAUGGUGUUUGCUUUCUCUGCACCUAGAGUGCGCACUGAAGUCUUCGUAUCAAGUAUGGUGAAACUGAAACGUAACUCGUGCAAUAGCGUUACCUUACCCCUUGAUGCUUCUUGGAUUAGCACUCGUUGUAGAUUACCAGCUUAAUACUACUUCAUGUUAUACUAGAAAUCGUCUGCCUGCGCGUUCGCCUAGGCUUUACUAAGCUUUACUAGCUCGCUGGGAGAAAUAUUUUUGCUUACAAUCGUUCUCACUUACCCUUACUACCAGUACCAGACUUUUGUAUAUUUAUUCAUAAUUUAUUUGGAAUGCGUACAUCCCUAUGAAAUGUUAUAAUGUUCAUGUUCUCGAUGCCGUUCGUGAAUCGCGAGAGAAAUGGCGCUUACGAAGUCUCUUCUCCAGAAUACUCACAUAGAUGGAACUGAACGAAAGGGUAAGGGACAGUCAGCGGCACUAAUAAAGUAAGAACUUUUAUUCCCAUGUAUGAUUACAGCUUCUAUCUUUAAGAGAUUGAUGACAUCAACAUGUUGUAGUUUACAAUUGCAUUCACUACAACUCGAAAUACGUUUUUCUUGUCAGUUUAUCGCUCACAAUAUGCUACGGAAACUACGAGUGAUCAAUCCUACUGCAACUACAGAGACUACGUUGGUGCCACCAGUGAAUUCUUCUUAUUGUUUUGUGCAACAACUAUGUAAGUUCAGUACAGGAGCAAGAAACUGAUAACAACAUCGACAAAGAAACCAAUCUUUCUUGCCAUUACUACUUCCUGUAUAAUACCUCCUGAUAUUCUUACUAGCACUAGGCUUCCAUUUAUUGUUACACGUAACUACUUCACGUCAUAAAAGAUGAUAAAAUGAUAUGUACAUCUAUGUAUAUGGGUCCGGCACGAAGUUCAAGCUUGUGGAUGGAAUUAUCAUCAUUUCCCUACAGGGCAGUAGCAGUUGGUAUUUGAAUGAUGCGAAAUAUGGUUUAAUUCGCAAAUAGAGUCUGACAAAAUCGUGGAGCCAAUCAAUCAAUCAAUCAGGUUGCCUCCACAGGGCACCGAUCUCCCCGCAGCUGCGACUGCUGCGCCUCUAGCUACGCUCGGGAGCGAUAUGAGGGAGCCACACUUGUCUGAGAAAUGGAAAGGUAGAUAACAAGGGGAAACUCGAAUCUUUCAUCUUUGUCAUUCGAUUUUCAUCAC